ACGCCACGCCAAGUCAACAGGCCUACGCAACUCACUACGUCUAGGGUGGUCAGAGAGACAACGAUUAAUGUGCUUGCUUGGUUCUAUCAGUCAGUGAUUCAGACCAUUACGGAGUAUAGCGACGAGGUAAACAAAAUAAAGUUGCACCAGGAUGGCAUCAGGCAGACACCUCCCAAGCCACCAGUUUCUAAUUUCUGCACCCCUGGUGGGGCAGCUGGAUUCGGAGCGCCGCCUGUGCUACCUUGUUGAUAUCGCGUCGGUGUGCAGUAUUCAGCUCCAGGUUUCCUUUAAUAACAUCUCAAACCCCCAGAAUUUCAAGUGAUCGUAACAACGCGCGCCAUCUAAGAUGCAGUCAGGCGGCGAAAACGAUGGGCUAGGUCUUCGUUAUCUGCUGUGUCAGUACCCCAUACGAAGCUGCAUUUUCCGUUAUUUAGACACGAGGAGCAUUCUCAAUCUGUGUCGAACCUCAUCGGCUUUUCGCGGAGAUAUUUACAGUUACCUUUGGGACAUCAAUGAGAAACUGGAACGCUUUUUCAGGAAUCCUACGGCUUUCCGGACCGCGCUUGGGCGCGCCGACGGCCUGAUAGCAGGUAGCUUCGCGCUGCAAUUCUUCGCCAACAGGUUCUGGCCUGAGUCGGACCUGGAUAUCAACCUUCGCGACGGUGAGGGGGUCGAAAUUUUGGGCAAGUAUUUGGUCGAGGCCGAAGGCUACGAGAUGGUCCGAAACCAAGACCUUGAAGUCAUCGACUACGAUCAAUUCAUCCGGCUGAGAGAUAUAGAGAAAAUCAUCACCUUCGCCAAAAGUAGGGACGGCAACGGCUCCUCACCGGAGCUCAAAGUGCAGCUGGUUGCUACUAAGAAUCACCCUAUAGUGGCUAUUCUAGGCACCUAUUAUACGUCGUGCAUCGUGAAUUUCAUCUCCUGGAACAAGGCUUACUGCAUAUUCCCUCGCGCGACGCUGCUCUACGGCGAAACGGUGCCGUUGACAGAGCCGUGCGACUACGACGUCGCGCUGCACAACAAGUAUUCAAAGCGCGGCUGGAGAGUGCGUACCCGUUCCGUGAACUUCAAACCAGGUAGCGCAAACCUCCUACGCGGGGAUCUUCAUCCACUUGGAACCUGUCUCAACGUGGACCGGCGCAUCGGCGGCAGCGAUACGUGGACGAUGAAGCUCGGCACUGCUGGUGUGGCGCCACCACCACAGCCGGAUUCGGUGCUCGACUACUCUAGCUUUUCCCUUUGGGUGACAGGGGGGGUGCAGUUAGACGAUCCUUUAGCAGAUGGCUGCAGGGUUACCAUUAACAUAGAGAUAUUCAAAUCACCGUCCUUGCGCUACCAGCACACAUAUGGCAGUCUUCGGCCAUUUUGGUCCUUUGUGGGCGACGUCUUGGUGGGGAAUCUACACGGGCAGCUGAAGACCAAGAUGAUUCGAAGUACAGCCGAAUCUAUAAUAUCUACAUCAUGGAGAGUCUGGGAUUGCGAAUUCGUAAAACCUGAUGGUUGGGAUUAUUGGGACGACUGGAUUCCUGAAGCAUUUGAAGCGUUCAACGCCACCUCAUGAACGUGGCUUGACCGAUGACCUUGAAACACCCUGGUCGCGGGCCUGGAAUCGUUUAAUAUAAUGAUUUUGCAUACUUUGUGCGUUGACAAGCCAUAAUUUAGGGGAUACUGUGUCAGAUGAAAGAUGGGAGUGCCACAAGGAUAUUCUGUCAACGAGACGAUUCUGAAUGGGUAGUUCCUUUUCUAGCAAAUUUGUACGUGAACCCUAUAGAGGUCUAGUACGACUGGAAUUCCAAAGAGCUAGCGGAUGGGAUU